AUAGCAAUCGCAUUCGAAGAAGUGGAACAGCUCACAAACUGUUUAAAAGAAGACGUACUCAUAGCUAAGAACAUAAACUAUACAGAGCAGUUGCUCGAAGUCGAAGUAACGCCUUACACACAACUUCACUCGAUGGUGGCUGCCACCGAACCAUUUGAGAGGUUGUGGAACAUCGUUCGUGAUUUUCAUAGUUAUUAUGAAACAUGGUUUAACGGACCGUUUCGACAUCUAAACGCGGCGGAAAUCAAAGACACGGUGGACGACAUGUGGAAGAAUCUUUACAGGCUGGCAAGAACGCUGCAAGAUUAUCCGGGAUCGAAAAGAGUGGCCGAAAUGGUCCGGGGCAAAGUGGACAAUUUUAAAAAAUACUUGCCCGUCUUGGAAACGAUUUGCAACCCCGGAAUACACGAACGGCAUUGGAAUGAAAUGAGCAAAUGUGUCGGCGUGGCUUUGCGUCCAACCGAAACGUCGACAUUGUCGGAAAUGAUCGAACUCGGUUUGAUAGAUCACAUCGAAAGUCUGGAAGAAAUCAGCACGACUGCGUCCAGGGAAUACUCGCUGGAGCACAAUCUCAGGAAAAUGAAAGAAGAAUGGCUGCACGUGGAAUUCGAAUGCACUCCCUACCGGGAUAGCGGUGUCAGUGUACUGACAUCUCUGGACGACGUGCAAGUGAUGUUGGACGACCAUAUACUCAAAGCGCAAACCAUGCACGGGUCCGUUUACAUAAAACCGUUCGAAGCCGAGAUGGACCGUUGGGAGAAAAAGCUGAUAACGAUGCAAGAAAUCCUAGACCUUUGGGUCAAAGUGCAACGAAUCUGGAUGUACUUGGGUCCGAUAUUUAGCUCCGAAGACAUCAAUCGUCAAAUGCCGGAAGAAGCGCAAAAUUUCCGAACAGUCGAUGCCAUAUGGCGACAGAUCAUGAUAAAUACAGUAAACAACCGUCAAGUACUCGAAGCCACAGAGUAUCCAGACAUGUUGCAGUUGCUUCAGAAUUGUAACGUGAUGUUCGAACAAAUACAAAAAGGAUUAAACGAAUACUUGGGAAAGAAACGCCUGUUCUUUCCUAGGUUUUUCUUCUUAUCAAACGACGAGCUACUGGAAAUCUUAUCGGAAACGAAAGAUCCCUUACGAGUCCAGCCGCAUCUCAAGAAAUGCUUCGAAGGUAUUGCCAAAUUAAAUUUCACCAGUAACGUAGAGGUAAUCGGAAUGAUAUCGGACGAAGAUGAAAUUGUCAACUUUAACGGAAUUAUUUAUCCAACGGAUGCAAAGGGUCUAGUGGAAAAAUGGUUGAUACAAGUCGAAAUAUUUAUGAUACAAUCGUUAAGUGAAAUCAUCAACAAUGCGACCAGGGAAUACCAGCUUACUCUACGUGACAAAUGGGUAUUGUUAUGGCCUGGAAUGGUAGUGUUGUGUGCAGCCACUAUUAAUUGGACGGCAGAAGUCGAAAACGCUAUUGGACAAAACAUAUUACCUACGUACCACGACCAGAGCAAUCAACAAAUAGAAAGUAUGGUGAGAUUAGUGCGUGGAAACCUUAACAAAGGAGAAAGACAAACUGUGUGUGCUUUAAUUGUUAUCGAUGUUCACGCCCGAGAUGUAGUCAAGAGUUUAAUUGAUCUCGAGGUGAGCAAUAUCCGUGAUUUUAAUUGGAUUUGCCAGUUACGUUAUUACAACAAAGAUUCGAGAACAACCGUUUCAAUGAUAAACACAACACUCGAUUACGGUUAUGAAUACUUAGGAAACUCUCCAAGACUAGUUAUAACGCCUUUAACCGAUCGUUGCUAUAGAACUGUAAUGGGCGCAUUAAAAUUACAUCUCGGCGGUGCAUCCGAAGGGCCAGCCGGUUCGGGAAAGACUGAAACUACAAAAGAUUUAGCCAAAGCUGUAGCCAAACAGUGUAUUGUAUUCAAUUGUGCCGACGGAUUAAACUUCCAAUCUAUGGGAACAUUUUUUAUGGGCUUAGCUCAGUCUGGCGCAUGGGCUUGUUUCGAUGAAUUUAAUAAAAUCCAAUUGGAUGUAUUAUCAGUAAUUGCUCAACAAGUGCUCACUAUACAAACGGCAGUGCAGGCAGGAGUUGAAAAAUUUAUGUUUGAGGGCACAGAACUAAGUUUAAAUUCCACUUGUGCCAUUUUCAUUACGAUGAAUCCUGGAUAUGCAGGAAGACAAGAACUACCAGAUAAUUUAAAAAGUUUAUUUCGAACUGUCGCUAUGAUGGUGCCUGAUUAUUGCAUGAUCGGAGAAAUCAAGCUGUAUUCUAUGGGUUUUAGUGAUGCCCGAAGUUUAGCCGAAAAAAUAGUAGACACUUACAAGUUAUGUUCAGAACAAUUGUCGACUCAGUCACAUUACGAUUAUGGAAUGCGAGCGGUGAUAUCAGUUUUAAAGUCAAUUGCAAACCUAAAACUAAAAUAUCCCGAUAAAAAUGAAGAGCAAGUUGUAUUGAGAGCAAUUUAUGAAGUUAACAUGCCGAAAUUUGUGUUAGAGGACAUACCACUUUUUAUUGGGAUUUACGGUGAUUUGUUUCCCGGAGUUGAGUUGUUAGUAUCGGAAAGAGAGGAGCUUGUGGAAAGGAUAAAAAUACAUUUGGAAAAAAGAAACUUACAGUGUACACAAUGGUAUUUGAGUAAAAUUAUACAAAUUUACGAAAUGGUACUUGUGAGACAUGGCAUCAUGAUGGUCGGCGAACCACUUUCCGGCAAGACUUGUGCUUAUCAGGUGUUGGCCGAGUCGUUGGGCGACAUGCAGUUGAAUCGAAAUGCUCUUUUGAAAGAAUUCAAAACGUCUUACAGAAUUAUCAACCCAAAAGCAAUAACUAUAGGUCAAUUGUACGGGCAAUUCGAUACGCUAUCACACGAAUGGCACGACGGAGUUUUAGCAAUUGCAUUUAGGGAAUUCGCCAAAAGCGCUAACCAAGAUCGCAAAUGGAUUGUAUUCGAUGGACCCGUCGAUGCGGUAUGGAUAGAGCACAUGAAUACUGUAUUGGAUGACAAUAGAAAACUUUGCUUGAUGUCCGGAGAAAUUAUACAAAUGAACAGCAAGAUGACUAUGACGUUUGAGCCUGCUGACCUGGAUCAAGCCUCUCCCGCCACAGUGUCUCGCUGUGGAAUGAUUUACUUUGAAUCCAAAUCACUUGGUUGGGUCUCGUUUUGGCACUCUUACAGACAGCUGCUGGUAAAUAAGCUUUCGCCCGACCAACAAAUUAUGAUGGACGAACUCGUCGAAUGGCUCAUACCAGCAGUUUUGGAUUUUGUGUUUAGAUUUUGCAAUUUGUUUCUAUCCACUUCUGAAAAUCAUAUGUUUAACUCUUUUACAAGGGUGUUGAACUCGUUGUUGAAAGAAGAAGCAGGCGUUGGAGUUGCUUCUAUCUGGUUGACGUGUGUCACGUUAUUUUGUAUCGUUUGGACUAUGGGCUCGACAAUUAAAGACGAAAGCCGCAAUAAAUUUGACUUAUUUUUUCGGAAAUUAAUUCAAGGCAACAAUGAAAAACAUCCAAAACCUGAGUCGUUUAAGCUCACCAAAAGUCAUCUCUUUCCUGACACGGGCACGGUUUAUGAUUAUAUAUAUGAUAAGAAGAACAACGGUACUUGGAUUUUUUGGUCUGAAAAAUUAGACCUGAAAAGGAUUCCACCGGACGCUAAAGUAAAUGAACUUAUCAUUGGAACAGAUGAAACGGUCAAACAACAAUAUUUCCUCAAUCUAUUAUUGAAAUAUGAAAUCCCUAUUCUGUUUGUCGGCCCAACCGGCACGGGGAAGUCGGCUAUAGUUCUAGACUAUUUGAAGCGUUUAGCAAAGGAAAAAUAUUUGAUCAACGCACUUAACUUUUCUGCUCGCACUACUGCCCAUACAGUACAAAAUAUAAUCAUUUCCAAACUAGACAAACGGAGAAGAGGAAUAUUUGGACCACCGGUUGGUAAAAAAUGCAUGUUAUUCAUUGACGAUUUAAGCAUGCCGUCGGUCGACAAGUAUGGCGUGCAGCCUCCAAUAGAGUUGCUAAGACAAUGGAUUGACCACGCUUAUUGGUACGACCUCCAGGCCAUGUCUAGAAUCGACAUACUAGAUAUGAUCUUUAUCGGUGCUCUUCGACCGCCCGGCGGUGGUUCUAAUGAUAUCACUGCGAGGUUCACGAGGCACUUAAACGUUAUUGGUAUAACCCCGUUUAGCCGAGAAACCACGUCAAAGAUAUUCACUCAGAUAGUCGACUGGCAUGUCAGCAAGGGAUUUCCCGAAGACGUCGCGCUACAGGGAAAAAAUAUCGUUGAAGCUACAUUGCACGUGUACACAGAAGCCGUGUGCACGUUUUUACCGACUCCCGCAAAAUCCCAUUACACUUUCAACCUUCGGGACUUUGCCAGAACCGUGAAAGGAAUGUUUCUGUUGCCCGCAUCUCGGUGCAAAACCGUGGAAAAGUUGUUCCGUCUUUGGAUCCACGAGACAUGGCGAGUUUUCGGAGAUCGGCUGGUCGACGAAGACGAUCGCUUAAGAUUAUUCGAGAUCUUGAAAACCGCUUCGUGCACUUGUCUGGGACAACCGAUAGACGCGUAUCUCGGCGAUCUAAUGCCUGCGGAAGAGAGCUUACUGAACGCCAAUCACUUGCGAAAUCUUUUCUACGGAAACUAUAUGGAUCCCGACGCCGCCGAUAAAAAGAUCUACGACGAAGUGUGCAGCGAAAAACUGCUAUUGCGAAACAUGGAAUUCUAUUUGAACGGGUACAACGCGGUUUCUGAAAGUCCAAUGACCUUGGUCAUGUUCAAGUUUGCUAUGGAACACGUGUCUCGGGUGAGUAGAGCACUUCACCAAGACAACGGGCACGUGUUGCUGGUCGGAAUUGGCGGCAGUGGAAGACGGUCGGCUGCAAAGCUAGCGACUUUCAUGGCCGAUUUCGAUUUAUUCCAAGUGGAAAUAGUAAGAGACUACGGCAAAGACGAAUGGAACGAAGACAUUAAAAAGCUGUUAAGAGACGCAGGAUGUAAAGGGAAACCGGUAACGUUCUUAAUGUCUGACAAUCAAAUAGCCGAUGACGGUUUCUUGGAAGACAUCGACAUGCUUUUGAACACUGGUGACUUGGCAAAUCUAUAUCAGUCUGACGAGCGAAUAGAUAUCCUAGAUAAAGUGUCAAAUAUAGCUCAGAGUCUGGGUAAAACCAUCGAAACUACUCCAGUUGCUAUUUAUAACUUUUUCACAGAAAGAGUCAAGUCAAAUCUGCAUAUUGCUCUUACAAUGUCGCCGAUAGGUGACACGUUUAGAAAUCGAAUAAUGAUGUUCCCCUCGCUUAUUAACUGCUGUACAAUUGAUUGGUUUACUGUGUGGCCCGAAGACGCUCUUGAAAAAGUCGCCCAAUAUUUUAUACAAACAAUGAAUGUGCCCAGAGGUAUCGCCGCAUCGUGUGUGAUGAUAUGUAAAGAGUUUCAUUCAACGGUGACGGAUGCUUCUACUAGGUUCUUUAAUGGUUUGAAGCGACAUAGCUACGUAACACCGACAUUGUAUUUAGAACUGAUUAGAACAUUUAAAAACUUACACAAGAAAAAAGUAGAUGAAAUAACUACAUUGAAACAGAGAUACCUGACGGGUUUGGACAAAUUAGAUUUCGCUUCCGGACAAGUUUCCAUUAUGCAAGAUCAACUAACAGCCCUAAAGCCCAAGUUAGAAGAAACAUCACUAGCAACCGAAGCUCUUAUGGUCAAAAUCGAACAGGACACGGUGAAAGUCGAAGCAAAAAAAGAAAUCGUCGGAGCUGACGAAGCUCUCGCCAAUGACGCUGCAGCAGCAUCGCAGGCGAUUAAAGAUGAUUGUGAAAGUGACUUGGCAGAAGCAAUACCGGCGCUGGAAGCUGCGGUUUCGGCGUUGGACACACUUAAGCCGGCCGACAUAACAGUAGUUAAGUCGAUGAAAAAUCCUCCGUACGGGGUCAAACUGGUAUUGGAAGCGGUCUGUGUCAUGAAAGGUAUUAAAUCGGAACGAAAACCCGACCCGAGUGGGUCCGGUCGAAUGAUUGAAGACUAUUGGGGACCUUCGCAAAAACUCAUUUCUGAUACAAAGUUUUUGGACAGUUUGAAAACGUACGACAAGGACAAUAUCGAUACCGCAAUAAUGAAACGCAUUCGAGAAAAAUACAUACGAGAUCCAGAUUUUAAUCCGGUUAGUAUUAAAGCUGUCUCGAACGCGUGCGAAGGUCUGUGCAAAUGGAUCAGAGCAUUGGACGUUUAUGAUAAAGUAAUCAAAAUAGUCGGGCCGAAAAAAGAAAAGCUGCACCAAGCAGAAACUGAUUACGCUAUGCAAAUGGAAAGACUCAACGAAAAGAGGGCAGAGCUGGCCGCGGUGCUGGCCAAACUGCAAAUGUUAAGAGACGAACUUGCUGAAAAAACCAAGGAAAAGAAGGAGCUGGAAAACGAUAUAGACCUGUGUUCUCAGAAACUAGCUAGGGCAGAACAACUUAUCAGCGGUCUGAGCGGUGAGAAGAGUCGAUGGAGCCAGACUGCCAAAGAGUUGCAGUUGACCUUAGAUAACGCCAUUGGAGAUGUUUUAAUAUCAUCCGGGGUGGUUGCCUACCUUGGAGCCUUCACGGUCGACUAUAGAACUAGUAUCGUUCGAGGCUGGAACGUUUUGUGUCUGAAUGAAAAUAUUCCUUGUUCGAAGCAGUUUUCAUUGGUACUCACAUUGGGCGAUCCGAUGCUCAUACGAUCUUGGAACAUAUUUGGUUUACCGGCUGAUAAUUUUUCGGUCGAGAACGCCAUCAUAUUGUGUAAUGCUACACGCUGGCCUUUGAUGAUUGAUCCACAGGGUCAAGCGAAUAAGUGGAUAAAAAAUAUGGAAAAAGAGAACAAUUUAAAUGUCAUCAAGUUGUCGAGCGCAAAUUGUAUAACCAUUUUGCAGCUGGCCAUUGAACGCGGUUUACCAGUUCUGUUAGAAAAUGUUCUGGAACAAAUCGACGCCACAUUUGAUCCUGUUCUGUUGAGAAAUGUGUAUACUCAAGGAGGAGUACAAUAUUUGAAGUUUGGUGAAAACUUGUUGCAGUACAACAAUUCGUUCAGAUUCUACAUCACUACUAGACUCAGAAAUCCACAUUAUUUACCAGAUAUUUCAGUCAAAAUAACUUUGUUGAACUUUAUGAUAACUCACGAUGGACUGCGAGAUCAAUUACUUGGGAUUGUUGUGGCUAAGGAACGACCUCAGUUAGAAGAGAAAAAAAACGAAUUAAUAAUCGAAAGUGCUCAAAACAAGAAACUACUAAAGGAAAUCGAAGACAAAAUACUAUUUGUCCUGUCGUCGUCAGAGGGAAAUAUUUUGGAAGACGAAUCUGCCAUACAAAUUCUUUCAUCGUCAAAAACAUUGUCUGCGGAAAUUCAAGUAAAACAAGAAGCCGCUGCAGUUACUGAACAAGAGAUAGACGUGGCUCGCAACGUUUAUAUUCCUGUGUCCAAACACUCGGCAGUUUUGUUUUUUUGCAUUUCGGAUUUAGCUAAUAUCGAUCCAAUGUACCAGUACUCGUUAACGUGGUUCUUAAAUUUAUAUCAUCAAUCUAUCACAAAAAGUGAAGAAUCUGAUGACGUUACUAAAAGAAUAGCCGUUUUGAAUGAAAAUUUUACAUACAGCAUCUACAGGAACGUUUGCAGAUCGUUGUUUGAAAAAGAUAAACUGAUAUUUUCAUUUGUACUGACUAUUGGAAUUUUUCAAUCGAAAGAAAAACUAAAUAAUGAAUUGUUGACAUUUUUUUUGACCGGUGGUGUGGAUCUUGAAAAUUCACAUCCAAAUCCUGUUUCCGAGUGGUUACCCGAUAAGUCAUGGACUGAAGUUGUGAGAGCAUCUCAAUUACCAAAGUUAAAUGAGCUGUCCAACUCAUUCCGAACAUCCGCUCGAGAAUGGAAAUUAUGGUACGAUUCAAUUAAUCCCCAGAACGAUCCUAUGCCAAAUCCUUAUGGUAAUGUUGAAGGGUUUGAAAAACUUAUAAUUAUCAAAUGUUUACGAUACGACAAAGUACUUCCUGCAGUUCAGCAAUAUGUCAUAAACAGUUUGGGACAACGAUACGUCGAGCCUCCGCCAUUUGAUUUGGCCGAUUCGUUUAAAGACUCAAAUUGUUACACUCCUUUGAUAAUUAUACUGUCGCCGGGUGCGAAUCCGAUGUCAGAUCUGAUUAAGUUUGCCGAAAAUAACGCAAUCGACCUUACUGAUUUAAUGACCAUAUCUCUAGGCCAAGGACAAGGCCCUAAAGCAAAGCAUAUGAUAACAACUGGCAUAGCGACGGGUCGAUGGGUUGUAUUGCAAAACUGUCAUUUAGCCGUGAGCUGGAUGAAGGAACUCGACAGAAUUUGGGACGAAGACAUCAUACCCAAUCGAAUCCACGACAAGUUUCGUCUUUGGCUUACUAGCUAUCCCCACGGCGAUUUUCCAGUCACUUUAUUACAAAACGGGAUUAAAAUAAUCAACGAAGCUCCUAAAGACCUCAAAUCGAAUUUAUUGCGUUCCUAUCAAUCAGAUCCAAUAGGCGUUCCUGAUUUCUACGAUAGCUGUAAAAAUGUCUCUUGCUGGAAACCUUUGCUCUUUUCGCUUUGCUUCUUUCACGGGUUAGUUCAAGAAAGAAGGAAAUUCGGACCACUCGGAUGGAAUAUUCCUUAUGAGUUUGACCAAACAGACUUGCGCAUAAGUGUUAUGCAAUUACAGAUGUUGCUGAACGAUUAUGAAGAAAUCCCAUUUACAGCUCUGAUGUAUCUUACUGGUGAAUGCAACUACGGCGGUCGUGUUACCGACGAUAAAGAUAGGAGGUUGCUUAAUUCGUUAUUGUCAUUAUUUUAUAACCCCAGAGUCAUUGCAGAAGAAUCUUAUACAUUCUCGACGAGUGGCGUUUACCACGUUCCCAAAGACACUACUCGUGAGGGAUGUUUGAGUUACCUAAAUUCAUUGCCUACGAAUGAUCAACCAGAAGUAUUUGGAUUACACGAGAAUGCAAAUAUAACAAAGAAUAAUAACGAAACAAAUAUGCUAUUAAAUGGCACAAUUUCAACACAAUCGCAAAUUGUCGGAGCCGCUAGUGAUGUGAAUGUCGAUGAAACAUGUUUAGAAUUAGCCAGCUCAAUCGCUCAGAGCAUUCCAAAUAUAUUUGAUGUUGCUGAGGCCGUUUACAAAUAUCCAACGAGAUAUGAACAAUCAAUGAAUACUGUUAUUCGACAGGAACUAAUACGUUUCAAUAAACUGCUGAACGUUAUCAAAAAGUCAUUAGCAGAGAUCCAAAAAGCAAUAAAGGGUGUUGUCGUCAUGUCAGCCGACUUGGAAGAACUUCACACAAGUUUAGCCGUUGGUCGCGUUCCGGCCAGUUGGCUAAGCAAAUCAUACCCGUCGCUAAAACCAUUAGGCGGUUAUGUAGCCGACUUGUUAAAGAGACUGAAGUUCUUUCAAAAUUGGCUCGACAAAGGUGUACCAGUUAUAUUUUGGCUUUCUGGGUUUUAUUUUCCUCAAUCUUUUCUGUCGGGUGUACUGCAAAAUUUCGCACGAAAACAUAAGAUACCUAUCGGCCAACUUGGAUUCCAAUUUGAAAUUACCGUAUACGAAACGGACGAGGACUUUGAAACUAAACCAGUCUGGAGAGCUUACUGUCGGGAGAAGUCCAGUGAAGAAGAAUUUGGAGUCUUUGUAAAGGGUCUAUUUCUGGAAGGUGCUCGGUGGGAUCGAAAAUUAAUGAUGCUGAAUGAAUGUUAUCCCAAAAUCGUCCACGACACUGUACCAGUUAUUUGGCUUAAGCCUGGCAUCAAGACACAAUUUUUAAAGAAGUCUUCAUACGAAAGCCCUAUUUAUAAAACAAGCGCUCGACGUGGUGUGCUGGCGACCACUGGACAUUCGUCAAAUUUUAUUAUGUUUAUAGAUCUCAAGACUGAUAGACAUGAAAACCACUGGAUAAAUCGGGGCACUGCUUGCUUAUGCCAACUUGACGAUUAGAACAAUUCUGCGGCGGCUUGGGUCACACUAUUACGUCUGAAAGAGUUUUCAAAAGUAUAUCUGUAUUUGCAAUCGUUUUUACAAGGAAUGCGUUUACAGCGUUA